AUUGUAAAUUAUAAUCUUUAUUUAACUAAAGUUUUUAAUCUAUCUGCCAUGAACUCCAGUAAAUCUGGGAGGCCGAAACGGAAGUUGUUGGACGACUCGACGUUAUCUAGUCCUCGGAGGUCAGAAAGAAUAAAGGAGUCCCCCUCGGUGGAUUACUCCUCUUCAAGUCUGCAGAUGAAAAGAUCAACUCUAAGAGAAAGAUCAGCUUUAAGGGAAAUAUCAGAACUCAAGGAAAGAUCGAGAUCGAGAUCAAGAUCCAGGGUUUUGAGGACAUCACAUGGGUUGGAAAGCGAAAAUAGAGAUACUAUUAGACAGAGGAUCCGAGGUUUAGAUAUUCAGUCUGAUGACGAAGAUGAGCUUGAUUCUUCAUCUAUCAGAGGAGAUAUCAGACAACCAGGCAGAAGACUUGAUAAAUUAAGUUUUAAAGAGACCUUGAACAGAUACAGAAAUUCUUCCAUCCAGUUAUUCCAGGAUACAGUAGAUUCUUUGUCAUCAGUGAAGGACAGAAAAUGGCCCGAGAAAGUCGAGGUUAUUGAGUACAUCCAAGGAUUGGAUUGGAAGAAACCUGCUUUCUGCCUUUUCCUUCUUAUUUCGAUGGCACUUGCCUAUCGUGCUAUUGUAUUCAUGCAGAAGGACUCUGACCCUGACCGGUUUGUAUUGGUGGUUGCCUGGCUGUUGGCUCCUUUACGUCAGCUGGUGGACGGGGCGCGCCUCGCUGCGCUCACACUCCCGGAUUUUGUCGGUCGCAGAGAAACUGUUGGCGACUCAAGGGUUGAUUUUGAGAUACUUGUUGGGAAAAUACUCGAUCAUGACAGGUUCGGUGAGAUAGUUGAACAGAUCUCAAGCCGUCAGCUGAACAGGGCCCAGGGGGAGCUGAGCAGCAAGCUACAAGCGGAGUUCAAGGCGGAAAUGAAGGCGGAGGAAGGGAACAUCAUAUCUGUCCUUGAGGCGGAGAUAAGACUUGUCAAACUCCUCAUGAAUGAAAAAAUGCAAGAGGUCAUAGAGAGUUCUGAGACUGACACAAAAAACAAGAUGGAAACCCUAGAGCUUAGUAUACAAAAUCUGAAAUCAAAGAUGGCCGAACUAGCUUCAUCCAGCGGUCGAGAAGAAAAUCCGCCAGAUAUUUCUGGAUCCGUCCAAGUUCUGGAGAAAACACAGGAAAGAUUGGACGGCCUAGAGCGGAGAAUACCGGAGAUAGAAGCCGACAUCAGUCGCUGCUGUAGCAAACCUUCAGAUUUAGAAUUAAAAACUAUCUAUGAAGAACAAAUGAGUGCCAUGUUAAACAAUAAAAGUUCUGCUGUAGUUGAGAAGAUAUCGGAGCAUUUUCUUCGUCCUGAGCAGCUGGACAGCAGGCUAGUCGGUCUACAGGCUCAACUCAAUACUCUCAGGGAAAGUUUAUCCGCUGAGCUGAAACUAGAAAUGGAUAAAGUUAACCAGGAGUUAAACUCCCAGGUGGAAAGGGUUAAGCUGGAUCUACAGAGUAAAACUACAUCUGGGGGUAUAUCCGCUGGAUCAAGUGUGAUGGUGGAUCAGGUUGUCAAGAAAGCUUUGGCAAAGUACGAUGCUGAUAAAACCGGUUUGUUUGACUUUGCGCUGGAGUCGGCAGGGGGCAGCAUAGUCAGCACCAGAUGUACUGAAAACUACGAACUCAGCAGUGCAGUACUAUCCAUCAUGGGAGUUCCCAUUUGGUGGGAAACCAACACGCCAAGAUCUAUCCUUCAACCUGGAACUGCCCCUGGUGAGUGCUGGGCCUUCAAGGGAUCCCAUGGGAGUGUGGUUGUAAAACUGUCCGCCAGUAUUAUGGUAAGAGCAGUAUCAAUUGAACACAUUUCCCCUCUCUCUACCCCCGACGGUCAACUUUCCUCAGCACCCAACCAGCUCUCCUUGGCAGGAUUGAUUGAUGAUUCCCCUGUACCCCUGGCCAAUAUAACCUACGACAAGACUGGAGACCCAGUUCAGACAUUUUGGAUUGAUAACAGUCAACAGAGGUUUGAUACUGUGGAGUUAACUAUUUUAUCAAACCAUGGACAUCCAGAGUACACUUGUCUGUACAGAAUCAGGGUGCACGGUGAUAUAGAAGGAGAGGAGAAGGUUCACUAAAAUAUCUACUGAUCUCAUCAUAACUUAUUUCUUGUUCAGGAUUUCCCUUUUCACUUCCUGGAUUUUCCUUCCACUUCCUGUAUUUUCCUUCCACUUCCUGUAUUUUCGUCAAUUUCCCAAUGUUACCUGAAACCAUAAUGAUACUUAUCUCAGUCAAUAUUUUUUUGCCAUAAAACUAUUUAAUGUCCAGUAAGCUUAAAAUAAUUGUGACAUUUUCCACCGGGCAACCAUGAUUUAAUCAGGUGUAAUUAAGUUCAGUUUCUUGAUAUUCAUUCCGAAUUUGAUUCUUGGGUUUACUAAAUUUUUGUAACAACGUUCGUCUCUCGAUAUUAUUAAUUUUAUGGACUGCAGAUGACGAAAGAGGUUAUUUUCUUUGAUUUUACGCUUUUAUGCUCCUGACAUGUGAUAUUUGUCUGAUAUAUAUUAUGCAACCUGUUAUAUUGUGAUUAUGCUUCCGUCCGUUUAUAGAUAUAAUUGUUUACAUAUUCACACUGCACACUGCACAUUGCACUGGGUAAAUCUAACUCAAGUCUCUCAACGCCUGUAAGAUGUUUCCUUGAACUUAUUUUUUGAUGUUGAUUACUAAAUUUUUUAUGUUCAUACAAAAUGAUCUAGCUAAGAUUAAAAUAGAGAUAAUUUUAAAAUUUCGAGCCCAUUCUCGUUUUUGGAGUCUAGGUUAGUGAUAAUAGGAGGCUAGGAUAUAGAUCAGAUAGGUUUUGUUUUUUGAGGCUAGGAUAGAAUCGAUAGAGAUAAGUUUUAGAUUUUAUAGACUAGGUUAGAUUUAAGUUUGAUGUUUGCAAAUUAGGUUAUUAGAGAUAUUUUUGGUAUUUUGAGGCUAUGCUAGAGAUAAGUUUGGUAUUUGGAGAAAAGGGUAGAUAUUAGAUAUACGUAGGAUAUUUUGAGGCUUACUUGGGAAUAGGUCUUGGAGUUGGGGACUAAGUUAGAGUUAAGUUUGGUAUUUGGAGGAAAGGUUACAGUAAGUUUGAUAUUUUGAGGCUAGGUUAGAGAUAAGUUUAUUAGUUAAAGGCAAGGUUAGGUAUAAGUUUGGUAUUUUAAUACUAGGUUAGAGAUAAGUUUGAUAUGUGGAGGCAAGGUUAGAGAUAAGUUUGGUAUUUGGAGACUAGGUUAGAGUUAAGUUUGGUAUUUGGAGACUAGGUUAGAGAUAAGUUUGUUAUUUCAGACAAGGUUAGAGAUAAGUUUGUUAUGUGGAGACUAGGUUAGAGAUAAGUUUGCUAUUUUGAGGCAAGGCUAGAUAUAAGUUUGUUAUUUGGAGGCAAGGUUAGAGAUAAGUUUGGUAGUUUAAUACUAGGUUAGAGAUAAGUUUAUUAUUUAAAGGCAAGGUUAAAGAUAAGUUUGGUAUUUUAAUACUAGGUUAGAGAUAAGUUUGAUAUGUGGAGGUUUCGAUAUUUGGAGACUUGGUUAGAGAUAAGUUUGUUAUUGGGAGGCAAGGUUAGAGAUAAGUUUGGUAUUUGGAGGCAAGGUUAGAGAUAAGUUUGGUAUUUGGAGGCAAGGUUAGAGUUAAGUUUGGUAUAUGGAGGCUAGGUUAGAGAUAAGUUUGUUAUUUGGAGGCAAGGUUAGAGAUAAGUUUGGUAUUUGGAGGCUAGGUUAGAGAUAAGUUUGUUAUUUGGAGGCAAAGUUAGAGAUAAGUUUGAUAUUUGGAGGCUAGGUUAUAGAUAGGGUUUGUAUUUAGAGACUAAGUUUGAGAUAAGUUUGGUAUUUGGAGGCUAGGUUAGAGAUAAGUUUGCUAUUUGGAGGCAAAGUUAGAGAUAAGUUUGAUAUUUGGAGGCUAGGUUAUAGAUAGGGUUU